AUGCGGCAGCGCACCACCUUCUUCCAUCACAACGACGAUGGCGUCGAGCCGGCUGACCUCAAGAUCACGAGCGAUUCCCUCUCAGGCCCAGACCUAGUCGCGAUCCGCGAGGACAAGAUCACCCUCGACCUUCAAGAGCUGCCGGGAGAGCUCCGCGAGCUUCUCGCCAGGUCCUCAGAGCUGCAUCUGCGCUGGGAGAGCCCCAGGCGGCGCGAUGCGACCGAGUUAUGGCCAUCUCGGGUGACCCCGGGCCUGCACGUCUUCUAUACGCCACGGAGCGAUGACAAAGCCGAGACUGGUCAUAUGUGUAGGACUCUCCGCAACACAUUCGGGGUCAUGGAUUGUCAAACGCCGAAGGACUCUUUCACGAAACUGCCAAAAAGUGAAUUCAAGCACUCCGCGGCCUACCACUAUUAUCACCCGCUCAGCGAUCUAAAACACUUCGGCUUAUAUGCAGGCCAGUACGCUUGCGGCCCAUCGGAUUCUGCCUGCGCAAAGAAGUUCGCCAGCCUCGACUCCGCAACCUCAUUCGAUUUCUCCUAUGAUGCGUCAGUAGAUACUGUCAAGGCCUCAAUAAUGUGGCCCAGAGGGAAACAACCGCUAUCCCUGACCGCAGUGCCUGGCCAUAGACUCGAGGUGGGCAUCAUGACGCCCGAUGCGCCUCCAUACGUCGGACCAGACGAGCUAGGAGUGGCUGGUUUAUUAGUUGUAUUGGGAGAGCACCAGAAGCCUAAUCCAACGCUCUUCGCGUUCCCUGCUCGGCACAAGGCCUCUCGUGUCAAGUUUGCGUCCCGCUUCCUCUCGCCGGCAGGCUUGCAUCCCUCGCUCCAGUUAAAAAUCAGCUCAGCCAAGCCGCCCAUCAACGAUGAGUCUUGUUCUAUGUAUGCGCAUCUUACGCUGCCGCGCACAAUAUUUGGCGACAGAUACCAGCUGCAAGAUGAUCUCUUUCUGGCGUCCAAGAACUUGACCGCGCUCCGCUACAUGAGCGAACCUGUAGAUCUCGAGGCUCCAGACUAUGUCAUGAAGCUUUGGGGCUCCAGCAUAUUGCUUGAACUAAAACCACCACAGCCAACAACAGAUCAGCCGUGGACCGCGGAAGUCCCACUUCAUUUGCGAUACUUGGCUCCCACGCCUGGCGGGUAUCAGACAAUCAGCAUCCCAUACCCUGCUCUGUUCUGGGCCUGCGAGGCAGAACAAGGGAUAAAGUUCACCAACAGUCCCUUCGAUCGCCCCCACGUUGGCUAUGAUUCUCUGUUCAGCGCGGAAACUCUCUUCUGGCACAUAGACCCUCAGCCAGAGAGAACCAAUCUGCUUACCAACGACAUCAAUGUCCCGGUACUGAACACGGAACAAGCCACAUGGGUCAACGCCGGGACGACUCUCGUCGUCAUGCUCGGCUUUGGCUGGAUACUCUGGAAGCUUGUUUGGGUGGCUCAACGAUCUGGCCUUUCAAGCAAGACCCCAAAUGAACUUUUGGCAAAGAAGCAACAGUAA